UAAUUAUAUCGUCGCGCGAUUUUGACAGUUAUCACAACACAAUGUAAACAACUUGUUAUAAGCUCAAAGGAGUCCCUACUCACUUAAGAAGUCUUUAGGUACUUUGUGUAUAUAACACUGUAAGCUCAAUUUGUAAAUUGUAACACUUACCUACCUAGCGUAGGUAGCGAAGAAGUUUGGCAACGCAUGACGUGUCGUUUUGUGGUUAUUUUGUUCCAAUGUUCCUGUGAAAGUGUAAAGUACGGGUGAGCGGAUAUCUGCCUGCAGUGUACACGCGUCGUACGGGCGAGUCUGAUGCGUGGACCCUACAGCGAGCCAUCUCCACAGGAAACACACAGGGUUAGCGCUGAUUCGAAUUUGGAAUCGGAUUCGACGGAUGCGGAGAUGUCGCAUCCGCACGAAGACGCAGAGAAACUUGGUUACGAGAAGUCGGAGGAGACUUACAUGGAGUGGCAGAAUUAUUGGAAUACAGUGCACCUCGACAAGACUGAGAGUAUACUGAACGUUACGCAUGUAACAAGUACAGAUUGGAAGUCAGUUGAGACGAAUGGGAAGGGUGAUGCUCAAGCAGACAUCGACACUAAGAAGACGUCGUCAAACGGAGUAAAGAAAGAUCGCCGAUGGAUAUUCGCGAUGCGGCACGGCGAGCGAGUGGACCUGACGUACGGGCCCUGGGUCCCGUUCUGUUUCGACGAGAACGGCACCUACGUGAGGAAGGACCUCAACAUGCCCGUCACCUUGGGAGAACGGACUGGUGGCAAGGAGUCGUACGCGCUGGACACGCCCCUGACCCGCGUGGGUCAGCUCCAGGCGCGGCUGGUGGGCGAGGGGCUGCGAGCAGCCGGGGUGGCCCUGCGCCACGUGUACUGCUCCGCCGCACUGCGCUCAGCGGAGACCGCGCACCAUCUCCUGCUAGGUCUCGAAGCAGACGCGUCAGUGAAGGUGCGAGUGGAACCCGGCUUGUUCGAGUACAAAGGGUGGCACCUCGCGAGGGGGAUGGCGCCCUUCAUGACACCCCUGGAGCUUCACAAGGCGGGUCUGAAUGUCGACCUCAACUAUAAACCAUAUACAGACUUAGAAAUAAACACUCCGGAGACGUUGGAUGAUUUUUUCAAGAGAAACGAGUACGCAAUGCAGUCUGCAGUAAACGACACAGUUGCUCAAGGUGGCAACAUAAUGUUCGUCGGGCACGCAGCAACACUAGACGUAAUGGUGCACGCUAUGAAGCGACUAGCUGCAGGAGACAACGAGGAUCUAAACUACCAGAUUAGCAAACAUCUACUGCGGGUUCCCUACUGCGCCCUGGGGGCGAUGAGAGAGAACCCCUGGGAGGUGGUCAGUCCACCCUGUCCCCCAUCUAUCAACUCCAGCUCGGGAAGGUUUGAUUGGAAGACACUUCUAGAUAUAUAGGGUGUUAGAUCUAUAAUUUAGGAAACCUUUAUACCAAAUGGAACUUUAAGUACCGGAGCAUUGGAAUCACACCAUACACAUGGAGUGUUUAAAUGGUUUAUACUAGUUAACUACACCUACGAAGUUAACAAAAAUUAAUAGUAAAUAAAUUAUUGUAAUUUAUGAAAAUAAAUUACAAAUAAAGAGCAAAAAGUUUUAUUUUUCCACCUCGAUGAAAAGCUGUCCUUUAGUCCCUUGUACGAGGGACAAAAGGGGCCGAUUCUCUCCCGACAAGACGACUAAAGUGACCUCUUCAUCCAGGUGGGGAAAAAAACCGUAAACGCACCACGUGACAUAAGUAGGACAUUGCCACCCGCGAUUGUCAAUGUUUCGCGGGUGAGGAUGACCUCCUUUUCUCCUAGGGAUUUUCUAUUAAAAAUAUUUUUAUUAGUUUUUUUUGUUUUUAUUUGUUUAUUUUAGAGUUAUUGGUCCAUUUGAAAUGGACUAUAGGUUAACUUGGCCGGUCUUGAAGUUUUAUUCAAUAAUAGUACUAAUAAUAAUAAUACUAAAACAGUAAAACGAGUAUUUCUUGUAUACUUAAUGUUGCCAUUAAUAUUGUUACACAGCAAAGAUUUUUUUAUAUUUUAAAAUAAAUUUACCAUUGUUGUCUCUGUUGGUUUACACAUAGCAUUAAAAAUAUAUAUGAUUUUAUUUGCUUACAACAAUAGUAAUUAAACAAAGACGUAAUUGCGUUUUUCUGAAACACAAGAAGGAACAUUUAAUGUCUUUAUUUCACGAUUAAAUAUUUUUUUCUGCAAA